AUGAAGUUCUUCUCCCUUGUCAGCGCCAUGCUCUUCGGGCUCGCAGCAGCCGCCCCAACAGUCACAGUCGAUUCAGAACUAGCCAAGCGCGUCGACGGCACACAUUCUCUCGAAGGGAAGUUUCAGCUCGGCCGGCUGUGGGUUAUAUAG